GGUCGUUUUUUCAGCCGUUUUUUGUUAAAUCUAGUCACGGACAUUGGGACAACUGAAACAUUGAAAUUAAAACGCUUUUCCUAACAAAUGAAAAUGUGGAAAGCAAUUAAAAAAUCUAAAUGAAAGUUUUUUCUUGAAAAUUGAUCUAUUCUAAAUGGGCUCCGAAAUUAAUGACGAUAAAUUGUAUAUGCCUGUUCCCGAAAUAAGACUUUCAGAUCUUUUAGACUGGAAAAACGUCAAUGAUCGAAACCAUCGGAGAAAAGUACAGGUUGAAAAAAACAAUGACUUUAAAUCUCAACCAAAUAAUACAAGAAUGCAUAACAAGUGUUUUGGGAACCAAAUACAGCUAAAUGAUGAAAAUAUAGCUUUGUUUAGAAUUGGUCAAAAGGUAUAUGCAACUCAAGCAACUUGUCCUCAUGCUGGCGGUCCUCUACACCUUGCAGACAUAGAGGAACUGUUGACUGGUGAAAUUUGCCUCAAGUGUCCAUGGCACAAAUGGCAAUUCAGCAUUCAUGAUGGCAGAACAAUUUAUCCUUUAGGCCACCUUAUAAAAGCUAAAACCUUUCCAGUUAAAGUGGACAAGGAUGGAAAAUUGUUUGUGGGCUUUGACUCUUUUGGACCAUCUGCCUUUUCUAUGGACUUUUAAACUAAAUAUGAGCAGUUGAAAAAAACAUUUGUACAGUAGGCCCUACAGAAUGCUAAGCAUGUGCUUUGGUUAACACAAGAUAUGAUUUCUUCAAUUAAUUUCAGGAAGUGAAGUGGGACCAAAGAUCUGUGUAAUGUGAUGAAGUUAAGACUUGUUUUUGUUAAAUUUAAAGAUAAAUCCUGGAAGUGUUAAAUUGUCUUUAAAGGCUUGUUCCCAGACUUUUAAUUCUUCAAGUGGUUUUUGAACACAAAUCUUUUAAAGAAUAUUUUUGUAAAAUAAUGUAUUAUUCAAUACUACAUCACAGGCAGUGAUAAUAUUUCAUUAUGUGUAAUUAAGAAAACAUGAUUUAUUCUUUUUUAGCCUGAAGUUUUAAUUAUAUUUGUACAUUUAUUUGUUUUUUUAAGGUCAAAAUUCAAUGACAAGUUUUAUGCAAUUUUUAGUAUGUCAUUUUACAGUCAUUAUCACUGAUAAAAAACAAUUUGCAGUUCAAUUUUGUUAUAUUGAAAGAGUAUUAAAAUAAGUUUUUUUUUCAAAUGCUAGUCAAAUCUAAAUAGUUUUUAUUUAGUACUUAAUACCCAAAAGCAUUUUAUGAUUACAAUUUCUACCAUUAAAAUUAGCAGUAUUACAUUUGUUAAUUUUAUUUUGCAUAAAAUUUUACAAUAGUUCUGUAAAUCAAGAGUAUAACCAACAUUGCUAGUUAAAAGGUAUCUUUACAAUGUGCAUCAUUAUAACUGCACUAAAAAUAUGUUUUUUUUAAAUUAAAUUUUUAACUAAAUUUCUCUUACUGUAUAGAUAAAAAAAAAAGCCUUCACAUUUUAUCAGAUGUUAAUUAUUAAUUAGCUAUUAUGAUUUUAAAUAGUCUGACAGUUUAAAGAUUCUUAAUUUAGAAAUAACAGUUAUUUAAAAAAAAUCUUUAUUGCUAGGCGAUUGACUUCUACUGCUGGCUUUAUACCUUCUAAAAGAUGUUUUUUUAGUUGCUUUAUGAUGUCUUAAAUGUCUGUUACUUCAAAAUUUUUUUUACAUCUGAAAUAUUUGUCACAUAUAUGUUGAAACCCAAAUAUUUGUAACAUCUUAACUAUUGUAAAAUCUAGUCUUAUCUGUUGCAAGGUUUUGUUACAUGAACUAAAAACAUUUAUUGAGAAGCUGGAAAGAAGUUGCUUCUGUGAUCACUUACUUUACAUAAACAAGGGAAACAAACACACUAUACACUUACUCUGAUUUUAAUCAGUUGUGUGCCCAUUGUUUUAUUAUUUUGCAGCAACUCCAUUUCAUGUCAUGUUAAAUAAUUCUGUAAAUAGAUUGGGACUAGAUACAACAAUCAUUUCACCAGCAUAUAAAAAGCUUCCUAAAUAUGUACGAUAAUCAAGAUCUGAUGACCCAAUUCUGUUCCCAUUUGAAAAACAAUGUGUGUUAAAAAAGAUGAUUGUUUAUUAUACUCAUGGGAGAAGGUGUGUAGAUAUUUAUGUACAUUUAUUUAUUUUGUUGUGUUGUAUUGUUUAGCACUUUAAAAUGUAUUUUGGUUUUAACCGGUUACUUUGAAAUUGUGAUUUAAUCAGCUGCAACUAGUGGUUGAUAAUACUUUGUUUUUAAAGGUCGGGCAAUGGUGUUGAUUUUAUUGUUACAAAAUUAAAAUUUUAACAAAAUU